UUCUUGAUAAUUUGAACUUGAAAUAUUAAGCAGGAGCCUAUUUAAAAUUAAAGUAUAACAGACGAUUUUAAGCAAUCCAAGCUCACUCAAUUAUCAUUCCUAUACGUAUACAAACAUUCUAUAAAAGUAGAAAUUUGGUAAGAGUAUAAAAACUCCUCAAGUCCAUAAACAUAUGACAAAAAAAUCAAAUUUCUUCUCUUUGUUUGUUUUCUACCCAAUUUCUUUCUCCCAAAAUCACCUACACAAAACUGUCAAUUGCUCUUUAAAAACCAACGGUACAACAGCAAGGUUAGUGACAUAGUUAUAUUACGGCGUGCCGUUGGAAUUUUCACAACGAAUAAAAUUCAACUACCAGAUCGAACUAUCCAACACCGUUAAUAACAAUCCUUCGCCGGAGAUUCGCCGGAAAAUGACGACACUAAACCUAAUCGCCAUUAGAGACGGCGAAAACAACGGCGGAUUUUACUCUCCGGCGAAAGAAAAAGCCGCCAUUAGAGGUCCUUACCAUCAACGGUUCCAAAUUUUCCGGCGUCUCAGUCAUAUCGCUAAGCUUAAGCUUCUCCUUCUCAUUUUAUUUGCGUUAUGCGGCGUCGUUUUUUUCUCCUCCCGAAUUUCCUCUUCCUUUGGCUGGAAUCUUCACCCCUCUUCUUCUUCCUUUUCUCCUUCUAGGGGUGGGGAAGCAUGCACUGUAAUUGCAUUUCUGCUUGUAGGUGGAUAUACUGUACUCAUGAAUACAUGGAAGCGCAAUUCUCUUUUAAAGCAGUCUGUUGCUCACUAUGCUUCAUGUCAUGGUACCGAUGCAAUACAUGUGGUAUGGAGUGAGAGUGAUCGUCCCUCAAGUAAAUUAAAAAACUAUCUUAACAAAAUUGUGAUAGCGAAGUCCCGUACAGCUCGGAAACCCAACUUUAAGUUUAAUGUGAACGAGGAAGAUAAUCUCAACAACAGAUUCAAACCAAUUAAGGACCUGAGGACUGAUGCAAUCUUCUCUGUUGAUGAUGAUGUCAUUGUACCUUGUGAUGCACUAGACUUUGCUUUUACCGUGUGGCAAACUGCUCCGUCAACGAUGGUUGGAUUUGUUCCUCGCAUGCAUUGGCUGGGUGAAAAGAAGAAUACCCAUGCGUAUUAUGAUUAUGGAGGAUGGUGGUCUGUUUGGUGGACGGGUACUUACAGUAUGGUUUUGUCAAAGGCAGCAUUCUUUCAUCGGAACUAUCUUGAUAUGUAUACCAAUCAGAUGCCAGCAUCCAUCCGUGACUAUGUAACAAGAGAGAGGAACUGUGAAGAUAUUGCGAUGUCCUUGCUUGUCGCCAAUGCCACAGCUGCUCCUCCCAUCUGGGUCAAGGGGAAAAUACAUGAGCUUGGCUCAUAUGGCAUUAGUAGUUUGAAAGAUCACAGUAGCAAGAGACGUAAAUGCCUGAACGAUUUCAUUUCCCUGUAUGGUGCUCUUCCUCUUGUAUCAACUAAUGUAAAAGCUUUGGAUUCAAAAAACGAAUGGUUCUGGUAGCUGUUUUUAUGUUCUUAAUCCUAAGUUCAAUUCAUCUGAUCUUGGUGUUUUGCUCAUAGGUUUUUGUUACAAGUUCAUUUACCAUUGUUCGUUUCCUUGAUCAUUCGAAAUCAGUAUGGCAGGUCUUAAUCAUGUUGCAUAAUACAGCUGUGUAUAUCUGUAAUGUGAUCGUAAUUGUGCCAGUUAUUAAUCAAUCGGAAGUAGUUUUGUACGA